GCAGUGGCGGACACAUGAACUUCUCGCUGUGGUUGGUUUGGUUUUCUCUCCCCGGACCUUUAACGAAUGUGUGAAAAUAUCUGAACCGUCGUCGCAACCGAGGAGGCGACGUGUCCGGGAGAAGCGGCGCAGUCACUUUGGAGAAUAAGCAUGAGCACACCAUCCUCAGGCCGGAAGACCCCAGUGGACUACGGCGUCCAGAUCCGCUUCAUCAAUGACCUCUGCGACAAUGGCGGCGGGCAGCCUGGGACCCAGCCCAAGACCAAGACUCAGGCCUCCUCCAAAUACGGUGUGGCGGUCAGGGUGCAGGGUAUCGCUGGCCAGCCGUAUGUGGUCCUGAAGGAUGGAGAGAAAGGAGACUCAUAUGGGGUCCAGCUCAAGACCCAGCCCAUAUCUGGCUACAGUAGCCUUCCACGGCGGAGAGAGAAUGCCGAGCCAGGAACACAGGGGGCAAAUGUAGGAGGAGGAAGAGGAGGAGGGCAAGAAGGGGCACUACGCCGGGCCCAGUCCCAUGGGUCACUGUUGGACAGGGAUGGAGAGGAAGGGGCAGACAAUGAGGAUUUCCAGCUGUCGAGGCCACCAGGGGAUGGGAAGUCUGGUAGUUAUGGGAACCUGGAUGGAGGUUUAGGUGUAAGAGGAGAGAGAGAGCAGCCUCAGCAUGUCAGUGGUAGAGGUGGGCCCAUGGAAAGGAAUAAAUGGGGUGGUUCUUAUCAGACAGGGCUCAACGGGUCAUCGGGGUCAGUGAGGGGCAGUCAGACCUACCCCGACCCUCCUCAACAAACAAAUGAUUAUCAGUCUAAUCAGAGACAAACUGCUGUAAACAGACCAGUAAACAGGUUUGAUGGUGUAAACAGAGGGGACCAGCAGAGAGGCCUCCUUCCUCCACAACAAGAUCCCAGAGCAACAUCACCUCUUCACAGCCCCCACCCCUACACCUCACCACCGUCCUCCACUCACAGCAGCUUGGGACGCAGCCAGCACGCUGUCACCAGUUUUCCUGGACACUCUGCAAACCAGUGGCCUUUACCAGGGAGAGAAGCUGCUGUGGUGACACCGCAGGCCAGCCUCACUGAGACACAGGUGACCCCUGACCUUUUGCUGGACCAGGCUCAGAGUGCAGAGAUGAGCGGUGAGGAGGAGCAGGUGAUGCAGACCAUAUACAACAUCCUGAGGCAAGGAACCAAUGAGAGUGAUGUUGUCAUCAGGCACAGGGUCAAGCUCAUCGUUCAGAAGAUUCAGAAUAUAAAGCCUAAAGAAUCCCAGAGGGAAGAGUGGAUGAGAGAAAAGAAGGAGCUUGAGAGAAAGACUGCUGAACUACAAACUGCCCUGCAGGCAGGAAAGAGGGACUCUGAUCCCGCCCUGAAAGCUGAGCUGGAGUCCUGUCUGGAUGAAAACCUGCAACUGCGGGAGAUGCUGGACCGAAAGAAGAUAGAAUUAAAUGAAACACAAUCAGAGCUGACUCAGCUCAGGAUGGAUAGGGAGAAUGCAGAGGCACGAGUCAGAGAUAUGGAGGACCAGCUGGCCGAGCUUCAGGACGAGCUGAGAAGAGAUAACGGCAACAAGACGGACCUGGUAUCUUCUCAGGCCCAGCUGAUGGAGGUCUGCCAGCUGAAACACAAGCUGGAGGAGACACUGAGACAGAGAGAGAGGGAGCUCACAGCUCUGAAAGGAGCACUAAAGGAAGAGGUGGCCACACAUGACAAAGAGAUAGAGGCCCUCAGAGAGCAGUACAGUGCAGACAUGGAGAAGCUCCGCAGCAGCAUGGAGCAGGUGUCUCAGUCUCAUGCAGGGAUCGAAUCCGAGCGUGUGCGUGUCAAUGCAUCAGUUCGCUCUCUACAGCAGCAGUUGGAGGACUGUCGAGACGAGAGUGGCCACUGGAUGGAGCAGUUUCACUCCACCAGGGAUGAACUUCGAACAACUAAACAAGAAGAGCCACCCAUCACUCCUGGAGCACCACUCCUGCAAGCUCGUCUGGAAAAAGAGGAGUUUGAGGAGGAACUGAAGGAGCUCCAGGAGAGAGUGAGCACCAUGAAACAACAGAUACCAGACCCCAUCCACACCCAGUCUCUCAACCAGGAGCUCCAGAGAUACAAUGCUGAUCUGCAGAAGGCAAAGACUGAGGUGGAAAAGCACCGGACGGAGUUUGACAGGAAGGUUAUGGAGGUCAUCUCCAUAAAGAAAACUCACCAGAACCAAGAGGCAGAGUUGAAGUAUGAGAUUGACAGGCUCAAGGGCCAAUUGCAGAGGGCUAAAGAAGACUGUGCCAAGGCACAGGAGAAAAAUAAGCAGCUCCCAGACCCAUCCACCAUCUCAGAGCUAGAGCAGAAGCUUGUGGAGGCAGGUAUGGAAGCUAACCAGCUCAAAGAGAAACUCUCAUUGGCUGAAGAGGAAGUGGAAAGCAGGAAAACACAAAUCAGUAGAGCUCAGAUGGACCUGAAGUCGCUUCAAGAUUCCCAGCAGGAGCAGAAAGACGCCACCGCACGUCUCAAAGAGAAACUCUCACGGCUAGAGGCUCAGCUGCAGACCAGCACCACAGAGAGCUCAGAGACAGAGCUCGCCCUCCACUCUGAGGUGAGAGGCCUGAGAUCUGAGCUAGAUGAGGCCAAGAGAAAAGCCUCCAAACUGAGCCAGGAGCACCGUGAACGCAGCCUGCGCCUGGAGGAUACAGAGAAAGAGAAGGAGACACUCAAAGAGAGCAUCAACCAGCUGGAAGAAGCCAAACGGCAGCAGGAGAGAGCUCUGGGGAAACUCAACAAAGAGCACGAGUCUCUGACCAUGUCCUCAAGGGAGGAGGCACAGGCUCUCAGGGUUCAGCUGGAGGAGCAGAGAGACAGAGCACGCAAGGAAAUGCACGAGGUGCAGCGUCAUGGAAACGACGCAGAGACUGAGCUCGAAAGAAGCCACACAAAUCUAAAGAGACUGGAGGAAGAAAUGUCACGGCAGAAGAAGGAGAUCCUGCUUGUGUGUGAGGAGAGAGACAACCACCAGCUGGAUAAAGAGCUUCUCACCAACAGACUGCGCCACCUUGAGGGAGAGAUGGAGGCCAGCAAAAACAACCACAACGAGAAAACCCGGGAGAUCCGGAUCCUGGAGGACAAGCUGAAGCGUAUGGAGUUGGAGCUGGAGGAGGAGAGAAGCAGUGCGGAGAUGAUUACAGAGCGGAUGACGAGGAGCAGAGACCAGAUCGAUCAGCUCCGCUCUGAGCUCAUGCAGGAGAGGUCCUCCAAACAGGACCUGGAGCUGGACAAGAACACCAUGGAGAGACAUCUGAAGGAGCUGAGGAGUCGUGUUGUUGACAUGGAGGGCCAGUCUCGCUCCUCAGCCGGAGUCUCUCAGCUGGAGAACAAGAUCCUGGAGCUUGAAGAACGCCUACGCAGCGAGGAAAGGGAUAAGAACUCUGUCCUGGCAUCUCAACGUCGUCUGGAGAGGAAACUUAAAGACCUCAGUAUGAUGCUGGAUGAGGAGCGACAAACACACACUGAACAGAGAGACCAGUUUGCUCUGAGGGUGAAGGCUCUGAAGAGGCAGGUGGAUGAAGGAGAGACGGAGCUGGAAAGGAUCGAUGGUCUCAGGAGAAAAGCUCAGAGAGACAUGGAGGAACAGAUGGAGUUUAAAGACGCCCUGCAGACCAGAGUCACAGCUCUGGAGGUUGAGCUCAAGAGGAAAGCUCAGGCAGCAAUGCGUCCAGCUCUGGAUUCAGCCCUGAGCUCAGAUGAUGACGACAGCUUCUAUGACCCGACCAACAUCACCUCCAUCCUCACUGAGGGCAACCUCCAGACCAGCUCCUGUUGAGGCAGCACUUUGGGGACGGGGCGGGAGAGAGGAAACAGCGAUAGAGGGUAGUGUAGGCUCCCUGGUUUGUAGUUUGGGAGUAAAGCCAAAAGGCAGAAUGGUAUGCACUACAUAUAAAGUACACAUUGUAGAAAUUAGCAGGGGAGAGAUUUUCCACACUCGAUUGAACGGAAGGAAACAAAACAUCCUCUUCUGUUCGGGGAAUUCACUUCAGUCGUCUACAAUGUGCUCAGAUGUUCUCCACGGUACAACUGGAACAAUUCCUAAUCAUGCACAUCGUACACAGCCAAUACGUCUCAGACCAGUUUAAGGUUAAGAUUGUUCAUCAAGCACUUAUGGUUCUAUGUCUGGCUUUGACUGAAGGGUAACUUAUACUCUCAUUUCCUGUUGUAAAGAGUUUACAUAUUAGACUUUUCUGGCUGAACUCAGUAAUUCUCUACCGUGCACAGAAGUCAGGUAGAACCACAGAAAACAAGGACUGAAUGUCGACACUGUGAUUAUUAAAGCCACAACGGAAUGAAAACUGCGAGCAAUGCAACAAAAUAACCCUCAAAUGAAUUUGCAUAACCAGCUCUAAUGGUUUAAGUACUGUAAAUGAUUCCUGCUGAAUGAAAUCUGGAUUUUGUUUACUGAAAACAAAAUAUAUAUUUUUUUAGCUCUGGCAUACGUCUGUCCUGUAGGUUUAGAGUUUACUCCACAUUCCAGUCUUCACUGUCACAUGGUGUACAUUGUAAAAUAUGACACUAUUAUAGCAUUUCAAAUGGAUUUAUUUACACAAGGACACAGGUUCUUCUUUCAAGCCAGUAAUAAAUAGCACAUAUGUGAGAGAAGCCUCAUGUUGGUACAAAAGUUAAUUAAUUGAAUCAUUAUUCUGUAGAGGUUUCUCAGUAAAGAUGCAACAAUGUAGGAUCUCAGGAGUUUUGUUCCAUAACUCUGACGACAGAGAGAUCUGUGCCUAACAAGCAUCUUUCCUUCAGAACAUGAAGGAUUCAAAUGGUUUUCCACUUUCAAAGCAACAAAAUGGCCAAAAUAUCUUCACUGUGUCGUAGAAACUUUACAAAAUGUUUGAUUGAAGCUGCACAACUUCUAUGCAUUCCCUUAUAAAACAUGUACAUCCCUUUCAUUACAAUGCCUUAAAUGAUUUUUAAUUUGACUUGUUAUUCUUAUCAGAAUUAUUUUUGUUGUAAAGUUUUGUAGAUUUGAGUCUUAAACUGAUUUUGGAAACAGUUUGAAUAAUCAGUUGAGCUUAUAAUUGUUUUACAUUCUGCUGCAAUGUAACAUUUCUCUCUGUGAUUCCAGUGAAACUGGAAAAUGGUACGUAUAUGAUUUAUUAGACAGCUGAAUAUACAUAUGUUGAAUUUAAGGUGCUGGCAUUUACUGUAAUUGUUGAAUGGAAAAGUUUCACACUGUAACUUUACUUCAGAGAAUAGUUUUUCUAUUGAGUAUGAAUUUACAAACAAUAAAACUAUCAAGUUAAAAUGA